AUGGACAUCUACGACCACAUCGAAGAAUCCGCCCUCUCCCCCUCCGACGACAAACCCUCCACCAACUCCACCGAUCCCUCCUCCCAACCGCCAAACCUUCUCCGCAACGAUCUCGAAUCUGCCAUCCGCACCGUCCAGUCCAGCCAAUGGGGCAGCACGCUCAACUCCUGGUUCAGCACCGCCCGCCAGCAAGGCACGAGCUUCUACGCCGAUUUACAGAAAGAAGCUACUGAAGCGCAGGAGCAAGCGACGAAAGGCUUCUCGAGCCUGAAAGACCAGGUCGCGCAGCGGACGCGGGGGCUAAGUUUGAACGCGCAGCCGGCGCCUGAAGGAGCGGUGCCGGGGGAGGAAGGGGUGCCGUUGGUGAAGGUCGCGAGUGGAGCGGAGGAGAGCGCGGCUGCGGAGGCGCAGGCGCUGGAGAAGGAGGGGGAGAGCCUGCCGGCUGAUAUUGUCAAGGAGGCGGGGACGUUGGUCGCGAGUCUGCGCUCGACGGCUGCGAGUCGGUUGAAGGAUCUGCAGAAGGCGGAGGAUGCGGCGGACGAGGCGUUGUUGAAGUUCGGCACGAACGUGAGGAAUUUCUUGCGAGAUGCUGUGACCAUCUCCGCGCCGGAGGAGGGGGAGAAAGGGGACGAUGGAGUGAAGAAGGAGGUGUUGUUCGAGACAUCGGAGCCCGGGACGGGGAAGAAGAUUUUCCAUUCGACGAGGUUGGAUGCGCAGUUGCAUGCGAUUCACACUACGCCGGCGUCGUUUACGCAGGAUCCGGCGGAGGGUGAGCAAUGGGAGCAGCGGAAGGAGGGGUUUGAUAUUGAGAUGAAGACGGAGGAGGUGGCGAGGGAUCUGGAGAGGUAUGAGGAGUUGAGACGGGCGAUGGAGAAGUUGGUGCCGGAGAUGGUGGACUAUAAGACUUUCUGGAUGAGGUACUACUUCCUACGGUCGGCUGUAGAAGAGGAGGAGAGGCGGAGGAGGGAGGUGUUGAAGGGCGCCGCUCAAGAAGAAGAAGUCGCAUGGGACGACGAAGACGAGGAUGAACCAGCAGACGCCUCCACUACGCCAUCAGCAGUGAAGAGUAACCACGCAGCUUCAGCGUCCACCUCAACCCUGACACAGCCUGCCAACGACAGCCUGAGGCCUGCGUCGCCACGCCGAAGUCAUGAGGAUGCUAAGAGUGUUGCUGAUUCAGAUGCGAGCUACGAUAUUGUCUCAGGCGCGACGAGCAGAGCAAUGGGCAGCCCGAAGGAGGAGAAGAAGGAGGCUGUGAAGGGUGCAGACGAGAGCGAUGAUGAUGACUGGGAGUAA